AUGUCGCAAGUCAUAGGCAAGACGCGCCUCGCUUAUGCCCGCUCCUGGCACCACCUCGACAUCGGCAGCGACCCACGCGCCCUCGGCCGCGUCGCCUCCUCCAUAGCCCUCACCCUCAUGGGCAAGCACAAACCCAUCUUCGACCCCUCCACCGACUGCGGCGACUACGUCGUCGCCACAAACUGCGCCCAGCUGCACACAACCGGCAAAAAGCGCUUCCAGAAACUCUACCGCACACACAACACCCGGCCCGGCUCACUAAAAGAACUUUCCAUGGAUAAGCUCAUGGCGAAAUGGGGCGGUGGAGAGGUGCUGAGGAAGGCUGUGAGCGGCAUGUUGCCGAAGAAUCGGCUGCGGAAGGAGAGACUGGCGCGGUUGAAGACUUUUGAGGGGAGGGCGCAUCCGUACGGGGAGAAUUUGAUCAAGGUGGGGAAUGGAGGCGGGCAGAGUAUAGUGGAGCAUCAGCAUGUUAAAAGGGCGUUUGCAAGGGCGAGGGAGACACAGGGUGACGCGGCCCUGGCUUCAUGA